AUGGCUGCCGAGACCAAGACCCCAAUCUCUUUGGAAGAACACAAAGAAGAUGUGGAAGUUCAGUCUGUGCCGAUUUAUUCGGCGGAGGAGUCCCAAGCACAGAAGAGCCUCCUCUGGAAACUCGACCUUGUUAUCUUGCCACUCCUCGCGCUCUCGUACCUUAUGGCCUACAUGGAUCGAAACAAUAUUGGAUACGCCCGUUUGAUGGGCUUACAAGAAGGCUUGAAUCUUUCAGACCAGCAGUUCUACAAUAUUAUCAUGGUAUUCUAUUCUGGUUAUCUAGCUUGCAUCUUUGUUGGCAAUCUCUUCAUCAGGAAACUGGGUCCAAAAAUCAUGCUGGGGUUCGCCGUUGUUGCGUUCGGAGUCCUUGUCUGCUGCAUGUGCGAGGCUAGAGGCUAUGGAGACCUGAUUGGGCUUCGCUUUGGCAUUGGUGCUGCAGAAGCAUUGCUUCAAAGCACCCCGCUCUACAUGGCGAUUUGGUAUGGGAGGGACGAGCUAGGGAAGAGGAUUGCAAUUUUCUAUUCUGCAACAACAAUUUCCGGCGUCUUCUCAGGCCUCAUCUCAUAUGGCGUCCAGAGUGGUCUCGAAGGCGCAGACGGUAGACCAUCGUGGCAAUGGCUAUUCAUUAUCGAGGGCGUCAUUGCUGUAGCUAUUGGUUUGGCAAAUGCGGCAUUUUUGCCUACCUUCCCCGAUCGUAAGCAGACUUCGAGAUUCAUCAGCGAACUGGAAAUCAAGGUGGCCCUGCAAAGAAGCCUAGAAUACAACUCACAACGUGUCAAGUUCGAGUCGGGUCAAAUCAUCAAGAGCCUCUUGGACCCGAAGACGUACCUCCUGGCUCUGCUUGCGGCCUGCAACUCUACCUUGCUCGCUUCGACCGGUGCUUUUCUGCCCACCAUUGUCAAAGAAUUUGGAUACAGCAAAGUUCAGGCCCAGCUGUUUACUAUCAUCCCGUACGCGUGCGCAUUCUUCAGCAUGCUGGCCAUCGGGCACCUCUCAGACUACUACCACAAUAAGGCGUGGUUCAUUCUCGGAUCGUUGACCUCCUGCGCUCUCGGUCUGAUCAUCUUGAUCAGCACUACUGGGAAAGAAGUCAGCAUGUUCGGUGCUUCCCUUCUCGUCGCCGGCGCUUAUCCCGCCGCUGUGUUACAAAUCGCCUGGAUCCAGAUCACUUUCUGUGGUAACACAAAACGGGCAAUCUCCUGGGGUAUCGCUAUGAUCGUUGGGCAGGGACUGAGCAUGAGCGGCGCUCAGAUCUAUACUCACCCACCUCGCUUCUUUAUGGGGCACGGCAUCCUUCUUGGUUUUGUCGUGAUGGGGAUGAUCUCAACGGUCACAGCGAGGUUCCUAAUGGCCCGUGCCAAUAAACAAAGAGACCGGGAACUCCGGGAGUAUGAAGGGAGAGGAGAAGAGCACCCCGACGUUGGCAAGUCUUUCGAGGAGACUUGCGAUGACCACAUCAAGUUCCGGUACACGUUGUGA